ACUAGUCUAUUCCCAAGUCGGAGACGGGAUUGAGAUUAACGGAAUUUGCGACAAUUCCCCGCGGCAAUUUAUUCUCUUGAAGGACUUUACGUAAGCCGGUUGUUCUAGAAGAUUCCCAUUCCGGACGCUUGCACAAUUUCUGUACUUACAUUCGUAAAGAACAUACAUUCUUACCACUAUGCCUGUGCCAUCACUUCAAAAACCCGCUCCUGCCUUCAAAGGUACCGCCGUUGUUAAGGGACAGUUCAAAGAUAUUUCAUUAUCAGACUACAAGGGAAAAUACGUCAUCCUAUUCUUCUACCCAUUGGAUUUUACCUUUGUGUGCCCAACAGAAAUUAUCGCCUUCUCUGAUCGCGCAGAUGAAUUUAAAGCAAUCGAUUGUGAGCUGAUUGCCGCAUCAUGCGAUUCUCAUUUCAGUCAUCUUGCUUGGGUCAAUACUCCUCGCAAACAGGGAGGGUUAGGAGACAUGAACAUUCCUCUGCUGGCUGACAAAAGCUGCAAAAUUGCUCGUGACUACGGUGUUCUUGAUGAAGACUCUGGUAUUCCAUUCCGUGGGCUUUUUAUUAUUGAUCCUAAGCAGAAUCUCCGUCAAAUUACAAUCAAUGACUUACCAGUUGGCCGCUCUGUCGACGAGGCUCUGCGUCUAGUCCAAGCAUUCCAAUUUACUGACAAACAUGGUGAGGUUUGCCCAGCUGGUUGGAAACCUGGAAAGAAAUCAAUGAAACCAGAUCCAGUAGGAUCCAAGGAAUAUUUCGCCAGUUCUUAAAUUAUUCAUUUUUUUUCCAUUGAACUUAAAUGUCAAUGAUUUUUUUUUCUUAAUUUCUUUAAUUUUUUUUUCAUUAGAAUAUGAACCUCAUUGGUUACUUUUAUACUGGGAAAAUUAAAUGGUUCUUACUUUUACAUGGAAAUAUACUAUUUUUAUAACGACAUAAAUUGUCGAACAAUUUUGUAUUAAUAUUUUCCAUUUAGAAUUAAUAAAUUGGUGAUUUUCAAAACAA